AUGGGGCGUCCUGAGAAUUACACCUACUGCACAAUCUAUUCAAGUUUCAUGCUCGCAGCUCUAGUGAAUAUCCUUGCGGGUUUGCGCAUUGUUCUUCCCGAGGGAAUCGAUUUUCUGGCUCAUGCUGUCGCCUUCGCGAAUCUCGGUGUUUUGGCACGAGCCCAAGCUUGGGGUCACCUCCAUUUAACUGUCGCUACUCGUCUGCUCACAUCAUACGUGGCCAUGUUUGCCGCAUUUGCUCUCGUUAUGGAACUCUAUAGACCACAAUCGCAUAUUCUCAAAUUUAUUCGCACAGGAGCCGUUAUGCUGCAGGGUGUUUGGUUUUUGCAGGCCGGCCUCGUCCUUGAUUCUUCUUUUUCUGAGCGCUGGAUUGAGGAGGAUCAUACCAAUCUGAUGUUCAUUACCAUCGCAUUUUCUUGGGACAUGUGCGGUGUAGUGCUCUUUCAGAUUUUCUUUGCUGCCAUUAUGGAGAAACUUUGUGGGGGGUCAAAGGUUGAAGACCACAGACAACGCCUUCGCACAACCGAGGGUGCCAGAACAAUCAAAGACGUUAACAUGAAUGGAGUUGAUGAAUACAAGCCACUUCAAACUCUGGAAUCACUUGAAUCGGAAGUUGUGCUGGAUGCUCAGUAA